AAGAGAGUGACACAAUGUGAAAAGUACAUACAUCUUUCCACAAAACCAUUUGAAAGAUUCCUUAUAGAAAUAUACAAUUCAAUUGUUGCUUUGAAAAAUUUAAGAAUUAUAAAAAAUAGCAAAAACGUAUAGAAUUAUAAAAAGGUGUGCGCUGUUAGAUCCUCACAAACACAGCAUGGAGCAAACAAUGAGAAGUUCUACCUACCAGGUAGAAAAUUCAAAAAUGCUUUAGUUCAAUACUUCACCUAACCAUUUUCAUGUUACGGGGAUAGUUCGUGGAAGUGAACGACAGGUAUUUGUUUACGUAUUUCCUGCACGGAGUUUUCUUUUGCCUUUUGCUAGCUUCAUCAGCUUCAGAAAGUGGCUUCUAUUACAUAUCAAAGAAUUCUCAAUUAGUUGUCCUUUGGUUGUCAGUGCGGGUACACAAGCGUUUAAGUUUUUUUAUUUUUGUUUAUAGUAUUUUCAGUAUUUUCGUUAUGUGGUUUAAAUUUAUAUACUUGCUUACGGUUCUUAACUUGGGAUUAUGUCGCGUCUCAUUCGUACCUAAAUUCUUUGAUGAGGAUAGUGCAAUUUCGGUGAAUACAGUAAAUUCAACGCCGUUACCAAUUGAGGUGAAGAACUCUUCAAAUCUACUUUCAUACUAUCAUGCUGUGCAACCAUAUCCAAUGUAUGAAAUUGUACCAGCUAUGAGCCAAUUUCCCUCUACAACUGUUUUGCCUGGCAACAUAGUUAACCCAGAUGAAUUUCCAAAAGAUCUUUUAGAUAUAGCCAAAAAUAAAUUGGGUUUGAAAUCUAUGGAUGAAGUACCCACUAUAUCCGCUCUAGGUGAACUAUUAGGCACUAAAAGUCCCACAGAAACUAUAAAACAAAUCAGACAACUUACUUCCACAGAAAAGGGCAUAGCUUUUCUGAAAGCUUACUUAGAGUCCGCUGACUACACAGAUAAUGCUCGCACAGCAGUAGAAAAUGAUGAAAAUGAAACCGAUAGUGUGUAUGGUAAAGAUACUUCUAAUGAUAUAAAAUUAGUACCAGUAACAGAUCCCAUCAAAAAAAUCACACCAAAACCACAACUGGGUUUCUUGGAACGCAUGUCAAAAUAUUUCAGCAACUUAUUACCGCACCACGAUACAGUUCAUGUUGCUCCAACAACACAAAUAAAACCACCAAUAACACAAAUAAAACCUCCAGUAACACAAACAAAGCCUUUGCCUCAGAUAAUUACGCGUUUUGCUACACAAUAUCGAAACCUACCACUGCCAGUUGUUGUUGGUAAUUUUAGUAAAAAACCAAUGCUGAUACGUAAUCCUUUACCCUAUCAUUACCCAAUACCAAUGCGUCCACAAACUGUAUCCGUCGUGGAAAAUGUGAACUCAUCUAAAAUUGCGACACCAAAAGCACUCCUGCCGCAUAUACAACAAUUGGCAAGAGUAACUAAAAUACCACAAAAGAAAUUGGAAACAUUUCUACAAAGCAAACCCAAAUUAGCAGAAUUGGCGACAAGAGUUAGCACUUUUUCUCUAGCGCAUGACAGAGAUACAAAAAUCGAUGCGCAAUUAAUUGCUGCUGUUGAGAAGGCAAUUGGACAAGAUGAAGAUUUAAAGAAAUUAUUGAAUUCGGCGAAAACAUUGAAAUAAUUUCGGUAGUAUCUUGCGACAAUCAAAACCUUUCAAUAUAUUAUAUUAAUAUAACAAAACAAACUAUAAAUGAAGUGCAAAAUAUUUCUUAAUUGCUUUCCUUGGCGAGACAAAUGCGUUUCAAUGACAUGUUAA